GCUUGUUUAGUCAAAGGGCGCGACUCCCUUAAGCGACAACUCCUCGGGCUGCAGCUUAGUCACGAGAAAAUGAAGCCCUCGGGGAUUAAAGGGUAUUUAUUCCACCCCAGAAGCUGCCAGUUAUCCAUCCCCGGCGCCGGCGCUGCUCCUCCUCCCUCAGCUCUGUCACCAGGUGGGCGGGAAGCGAGGCCGGCCAGGCACCGCCCCAUCCCAGGACCGCGGGCCGGGCUGGUUGGCUCCGUCCUCGGGCCUCAUGAGGCAGCUGGCUCCGGGGCGGGCCGGCCUAGGCCCUCCUCCUCCUCCUCCUCCCUCAGGUCGGGCGGCCCGAGGGUAGCAGGAUGGGCGUCGAGUAGGCGCCGGCCUGCUCAGAGGAGCCCUCGCGCGAUGGCCGUGACAGGGCCUCGCUCCCGAGCGCCGCUUCCGCCGCCGCCGCCUGGAAGCCUCUCGUGGCUCCGGGGCGCCUGAGAGGAGGACGACGAGGAGGAGGCGCCUUCUUCCACCGCCUCGCGCCGCCCACCUCGGCUGUCCUGGCCAAGGCCCGGGGCAAGGUGAGGGGAAGAGAGGGAGGUGGGCUCGCCCCGGAGGAGGCGGGGAGGGCGGCGUGGCGAACCCCGAGGUCGGGGUCACAAGUGUCGUGUGGAAACCAUGUCGCGGGUGGGAGAUUUCGGCCUGGUUCGACGGCGGCGAAGCCUCCCAAGGAGACUUUAGGGAGAGGUGUCAGCUCCCCUUUUAGCCGGGGCGCCCUGGGGCCAGAAACAUGGGCGUAGCCAGAGGGGUUUUUUUUUGGGGGGGGGAACCUCAGAUUAGUAUUGAUUUUUACUGUUUUUUGGGGGGAGGCCCCCUUAGCUGCGCCCAUGGGCAAAAGCUCAGAGUCCCCACUCAGCGCAGAUCGGCUCCCCUCCCCCAAACGCAGCUGGGCUCGCUUACUACAUCUUAAAGUAGCGAUGGAUCCACACCGUCGCCGUUGGAGGAAAGCGGGGCUGGGGCGGCUUUUCUGGGUUGCAUCCCAGGAUCAGCGGGCUCCCAUCUCCGUACUUGGAAGCGGAGGAUUCCAUAUAAGUGCUGGGAAGGAGAAAUCAUUUUAUUUCAUAGAAUUUAUAUACACACUGCUUGAUUGUGGCCUGUGGAAAUAAUAAAGUAAUAAAAAAAAUUAGGAGAAUUGGCAGCCAUACCUUAAAACCUUCAAAAACAGUGGGAAUCCACAGAUAAAACACAGUAGACUUUCUGAAUUUCUGGGCAAGCCUGUCUAAACAAACAUGUUUUUAGAAGGUGCCGAAAGGAGGACGGCGAAGGUGCCUGCCUGGUUAUCAUCACUAGGCAGGGAGUUCCAAAGUGUAGGUGCUGCGAGUUCUUACAAGUGCGGAACGGGGAUCAUGUGGCACCUGCAACAGUGCCAGUUCCGCAGAUAAGUUCAGUGGGCAUCUGGGGGGGGUAAGGAGAUCUUAUAGGUUAACUACCUCUAUACCUGCCUACUGCUUGAGCUUGCUGGAAUGACUGAAAGCUGAGUAUUUCACAAGAGGAAGUGGGGAGGCAGCUUGGCAGGCUUGUAAAGGCCACCUCACGAGUGGCAGGCGCUGGGCCUUGAUAACACUAGAUAACACUAGCUGAGGAAACCACUUGUCAGAAACCGGAAGUUUCUGAAGUCCCUGCUGUGUCGAGGUGCCGCCCCGAGGGAGUAUUUCUGUGAACAUUUUAAAAAGCAGAUCUUGCAUGAGCUGCAACAUAGGAGCAAAUCCUAUUUAAAGCAGAGGACAUGGUACUUUUGCUUGCAAAGGAUAGAUCUGUUUGGCUGCAGUCCGAGGUACGUUUACCUGAGAGAAAGCCCCAUUGACUGCAGUGAGACUUAAUGCAAUGACUUUUGCUUAAACAUGCAUUGGAUUCUCUCGUUAGAUGGUUUCAUAUCUCUCUGCUGCACUUGGUGCAGAAGCCUGAAAGACAAAAAUGGAUGGGGUUUUUUAAAACCACCUGUGGUCCUACAGGAAGGUGGUUUUAAAAUGUAAUGUUUAAACUUUCCUGUAGUUUUUUUGUAUCAUGCCAUCUAUGAAAUGUGUUCUUUUCUAUAGCAGUUCUAGUCCUCCAGCACAUAUCUUUUAAAUAUUAGGGAAUGCUUUUUUUUUUCAUAUGUUAACCACUUCUCCCAGUAUGGGAAUAUGUGGGAACUCUGAGAAAACGUGUUCCAGUUCUUUGCUGUUGCUGCUUCCAGGAUAGGAGUGGGAUAAAAAGGGUAUAAACAGUGGUGUAUAUAUAAAAAAGAAAAGUGACAUAGUAUUGGUGAAACUGACAAAACCACCUACCUUUGUCAAGUUUCACUGCAGAACUGGAAAGGUGUACGUAAAGCAAAUUACAUGGUGGCAGGCUAGGAGAUUAAGGUUAGGCUGAAAGGUAAUGAGUGACUGACCCAGUGAGCUUUAUGACUUGAGUGGAGAUUUGAACCCUGGUCUCCUAUAUCCAACACUCUAACCACUAUACCAUACUGGUGCUCUCACUAUUCUCCCAGCAUGCACACUUUGAAUUUGUGCUAUUAGAAGAUAAAACACACAAUAUAUAUUUUUAAGUGUAAGUUGUUGACCAAUAUUACUUGUCAGUCUUCAGAUUUCUUGGAUGCCUUUUAUUACACACUUGCCCAAUUUUAAAGCAAGUUCACAAAUGGAAAAUUUUAAACAUGAAAUUAUGGAUGUGGCCAUUGUUGGUUAUUACUUUAUUGUUAUACUUUCUUAUGAAAUGGCCAAGAUUUAUAUUUUACUAUGUUUAGAAAAACAAAAUGUUUUUAUACUAGUUCAAAACAUAGUAAAAUAUUAUCUUAAGUAUGAGGCAUCUUCAAAAUGAGGUAUAAUCACACACUAAUUGCAUGGAAAGAAACAGUAUGUUCAUAUGGUCAGUGUUUUUCUGCAUUUUUAUCUUAUGUUUUCAAGCAUAACAUAAUUAGUGUUGUUUCUCUCUCUCGGCAGAAAUCUCUUCAGGAAAUGGCACCUCCUAAAUCCUUAAUGCAUUUUUUGACCUUUACAUUUGGAUCAGCAAUUGGAUUUUUUUUAUGUUAUUUGCUAUUUAGUUUAGUGUUGGAAGAACAAGUUAAAGUUGAGCCUCAUCUCCUUUACAACAAUCCUCAUGGCCAUCACUCAGAUGAUGAUGAUGAAAGCCAUCAGCUGAAAGGACAAAUGAAUUUCAAUGCAGAUGCUGGGCAACAUAAAGGUAUAUUUAUGCAGCUGUACAGAGCAUUACAGUUCAAUUUUCUUUACAAUAUAUAACCUUGUACUUCCCUCGAAAAUGGAUUGUACACAUAUCCCAUGUUAUAAGUGUUCAAACUAAAUAAAUAAUCCAUGUAUCUUUCUAGCAUACAGGCUUAAGUUUUUCCCUAAAUUGUUUUGUAACAUUAAAAUGUUCUGAGUCCACAAUUAAAUGCCAAGAGAAACCAAAUGCCUAAAGAAGCCAGCAGCUCAUUAUCACAUCUACUUUGAAGUGAGUUGCAUUGCAUUAAAUGUGGCUUAUUCUCAUGGAAGUGCAUAUAUGAUUGUGUUUAAGUUUGUAAAGCUGAAAACUUGUUGCUGGUGGCUCCACCCCCACCCUCAAACCCCACCCCAUAGUGCUGAUAUCUAGGAAUCUGAUAAUUUCUCCAUCUUCCCAACUCUGGCACUCAGAUAUUGCAAAAGCGCCUGGGAAUUGAAAUACUUUUCUUAUCCUGUUUAAAGGGGAUGGAGAAUAUCUUAACAUAAUUUAUCAUUUAAAAGAAAGUGGAUGCCAUGAUAAACUUUAACUGAGGUGAUGUUCAUUUACAGUGUAGACAAGGAUAGUUCAAAGCUUUCAGCAUACUUUUACAAAUCUUUAUUCCAUUAGCCUUGCUCAGUAUCACCCCUCCCUCAACAUGCCAAGUUUGUAGAAUCUUGCACCAUAAAGACUGCUGGAGCAGCUGUCCCAUUAUUGUGGCUGCCAGAGCUAUGGCAAAACCGUGUUUGUUUUGAGCUUUCUUUAGAAGUACAGUAUACACCUUUCUGAUGUGCCAACUAAGGUAUUGUAUCUGUCAUUUAGUUCAGCAUACUUUGUUUUUUGAGGGUGUAGCUCUAAAAAAUUGGCAUAUAAUUACUUAGAAGUGCAUAAAUAAAUAUGUGGUGUUCUACUUGUGUGAAAAUUCUAACAUACUAAUGGUAUUUUGCAAUUUUGCUUCCCCACACCCCAGAUGAAAAUAAUAAUAUUGCUGAAGAACUGUACCAGAAAGUAAGAAUACUUUGUUGGGUGAUGACUGGACCUCAAAAUCUGGAAACGAAAGCCAAACAUGUCAAAGCUACUUGGGCCCAGCAUUGCAACAGAGUGCUAUUUAUGAGCUCUGAGGAGAACAAAGACUUCCCAACAGUGGGAUUAAAAACCAAAGAAGGCAGGGAUCAGUUGUACUGGAAAACCAUCAAAGCUUUCCAGUAUGUACACGAUCACCAUCUUGAUGAAGCGGACUGGUUCAUGAAGGCAGAUGAUGACACGUAUGUUGCACUGGACAACUUGAGGUGGCUUCUUUCAAAACACAGUCCUGAAAAACCAAUUUAUUUUGGAAGGAAAUUUAAGCCUUUUGUGAAACAGGGCUACAUGAGCGGAGGCGCAGGUUAUGUGCUCAGCAAAGAAGCUCUGAAGAGAUUUGUGGAUGCUUUUAAAACCAACAAAUGUACUCAUAGCUCUUCUAUUGAAGACUUGGCAUUAGGCAAAUGCAUGGAGAGUAUUAAUGUAGAAGCUGGAGAUUCCAGGGAUACAACUGGCAAAGAAACUUUUCAUCCAUUUGUUCCAGAGCACCACUUAAUUAAGGGAUACCUACCCAAAACUUUUUGGUACUGGAAUUAUAACUACUACCCUCCCAUAGAGGUAAGAUUUUUGCAGUGAUUGGAGCUAUUAUAAUACCUUUUCACAGUCUAAAUAGGCCACUAGAAAAUACCUUUUAACUUUGUCUAUAUAUAGCUGCCAUAUACUGUCAUGUUGUUGGCCCAUCCAAUUGAGAAAUGUAUUCUGAUUGAUUACUACACACACACACACACUUGGAUGUAUCUGAGCCUUUCUAUAUUGAAUCUAUUUUUUCUAACACUUAAGCUUUAUGGCUAUCUUGCCAAAUAAAACUGGGCAGGUGGGGGAAGAAAGAGUUUGAAAUAGUCGUUUUCUUAUGUCCCCAAAGUGAUUGUGCUAUAGUUUGGUACUCUUAUGACCAACUCUGAAACAAAUUACAUUUCAAAAGAAAACUCUUUUUUUUGCUUUUACAUAACAAAAAUACACAUCCUGAGCACUGAUUAAGUGACAAACCAUAGUCUAUAUUAACACUUAAAAUAUAUUUAAAACAUUUAUUUCUUUAUCUUGCCUGUUCAUCAUGUUUUUUCUCUUUCACGGCAGGGUCCUGGCUGCUGCUCUGACCUGGCAGUUUCUUUUCAUUAUGUUGACGCCACCACUAUGUAUCAGCUGGAGUAUUUGUUUUAUCAUCUCCGUCCUUAUGGGUACCAGUUCAGGUACAAUCCUGAUGCUCCUAAGGAUCAAGGAAAGCAAAAUUUAAGUGAUGCAGCAAAGGGUGAUAUAAAAGCCAAAGCUGAAAUGGAAAAGCCUUUGAAAUCCACUAAAUAAAAUGUUUGGUACUGCACUGAAGGCGCCUUAUGGAAUGCUGAACUAAAACAUUUAGCUUACAGUGGAGCUAGAUGGAUUUCUUAAAUAAUUAUAAGUGUUCCUUCAUGUGGCUGCUGCCAGCAGAUUCUUUUCUAAUCAUGCUGGUAGCAAGGUCGUUUCACAUGCCAUGAGGACUGCAAGGUCAAGUCUAUAAAACUUUGUAGUGAGGAAUUAAAUGUCUUUAAUCUUGAUUCAGUAAUGUAUGCACACAAAUCUUAAAUUGAAACAAAUAUCUGUUUUCCACAUUGACCCACAAUAUGCAGUAUUUUAGUCGUUUUUAUCAUGAAACAAUGCUUUGUGUCAAUUCUUGGACACCUUCAAUUAAUUACAUUAUAUACUGUUGCAUUCUUUGCUAAAGGAUUCAAAUGUGGAGUAUUUAAACAGAAGCUUAUCCUGACAAAGUUAGCAGUCAAGAAAUAAGCCUCCUGCUUAGAUGCCAAAGUUUAACAUUUAGAUCUAAUUUUCGAAAUGUUGGUGAAUAUGUUGGGUUUUAGUUUCAUACAUUGGAAGGAAGUCUGAGAGUGUUUGAGAUGUGGCAGAAGGUUAGGUAGAAACUUGAAUGAGAAUCUUGAGUUCUGUAGUAUUAUAAUGGGCACAGUUUCACUAGAUAAAUUAAAAACAUAUCCACAUAUAUUUAUCAUGCUUCAUCCAGAAAGUUGAUUACUAUAAGAACUACUAUGAUAGUACUAUAGGAAGCAGCAAACUGUCCAUAGCUCCAUUCUGGUUUAAUGCUAUUAAUUCCUUUUUUUUUAAAAAAAGAAGAAUCUUUCUUUGUUUAUAGAGCUGGACUUGCAACAUAAUGUGAUAUUUUGUUGCCUGUCUAGAAUGUUAAGUGUUUGUUAGUUUCCAUUUAGGGUUAGAUGGCUGUUAUUAUUUAGUUCAACUUUAAUAGUAUAUUCCUAUUUCUUGUGUGACAUCCUUUUGGUCAGUCUAAAACAUGAUUUCCCCUGUGUGUUUCAGAUGGUUGUGUUGUUGUGUUAGGCUGUUUUAAAACAUAGAUCUUUAUCCACACAUGAAGGAGCUGUGUACUUUGUGCUAAACUUAACAGUAGUGCAGAUUUCCUGUAGCCAUCAUGCACUCACACUCUAGAUACUGUGUACUGAAAUAUACUAGUUUCCCCCCACCCAACUUCAAAUUUAGACUUUCUCGCUCUAUAGUCCUGCUAAAGUGAUCCAACAAGGCUUGUUUUAUGUUUGCCUUAAAUUCAUCAUAUUGAUGAUAACAGUGAGAUUUUGUACUUGAUGGUGUUUGCUGGUUAGAAAUCAUCGCCAAGUUUCCUGAACUCAUUACUAUGUGCUUUUUAAUUGAAAUGGAGCACUGGAGAAUUACCACUGUCUUAUAAGAUUGUUUACUUCGAGGUUUCCAUAUGCAGUACACCUCUGCCUCUCUCCAUUGUUUAGGCAUGGGAUAAUAGUAUUGUUCUGUUGCCACUGUUGCUCUUAAUGAAUGCUCAGUACAAUCUUAACGUUUCUUCUUAAUUAAGUAGGCUUUACCUCACAUGAAAAUAACAGACUAGAUUUUUAAAAUUUAUACUAUAGAACUGUCCAUGGAGAAGUUUUGAAAACUGAAAUUUCCAGAAUGGUGCAGAUCUUGGCUUUUAGACAUGCUGCUUCUCUGUUACAUCCAUCACAAGGGGAAAGUGCAAAAAAUAAUAGGCAUGCCAAAUUCUCAGAGCAUCUCUGGUGACAGAUGCAUUGCUGAGACAAAUGUUAAGCUAUUGCUCAGUAGUAGAAUAAAUUUUUGCUUAUGUGAUAUAUAACAUCUUUUUAGUCUCCAGCUUGUUUAUACCCGUCUCUUUCUUUUUGCUGCUUUCGACUUUAGUGGCAUUCAUCUGUCUGACCCAUGUCACAUGGCAAUCUACCUCAAAGUAUUUUCCAAGCACCUGGUAUAAAUUGCCACUGCUUUAGUGAAGUAUGUGGCUAAUCUUCGGAUGGGGAGAGUGAACUAUUCUAAGUCAUUUUGCAUUAAAGCAUCAGAAUGUCUGUUAAUUUUUAGACCCUUUCUAUUCAUGAGUUUAGGUAGUUGAAUUGCUGUCAGUUUGGCAGCAAAAGGGUAUUCAUAUCUGCAUACUUGAGGGACUCUCUAGGUUUACAGAAACUAAAAUAAAUUAAAAUUAAACUCUCCUCAAGGUGCAUGGAAUAUUGGUGUCAGUUGGGUGAAGAUAAAGCAAACAAGAUAUGGGGGUGGGAUUAGAAGGAAUUGACCUUCUCGGGCCCCUAACAGCUUACAGGAAGUAUGAUGGGAUAUAUUGCAUCUGAUUAAAAAACCUCUUAUCUCUGCAUUAUACAGAGAUGUUUUAGAAAUAAAGGAAAAUAUAUAUGUAUAUGCAUUCUGGUUUGGAACCUGAGCCUUCUAGCACUAUAGGAACAUAGAAAACACAGAAAUCAGCCUUAUAGCCAGACUGCUUGUCCACCUAGCCCUUUAUUGUCUCCUCGAACCAGCAGAAACUCUCUGGGAUCUCAGGCAGAGGACUUUCCCAUCACUUUCUACCGGAUACUUUUAAGCAUCCAAAGGCCUUAGAGGAGAGGACUUUGCCCCUGCUUUCCCCUGUGAGAUUUGGAAAACAAUAGAAGGCUACCGUUCCAGGCUGGUUGGAGCCCUGAACAGGAGCAGUUAUUUUUCGUGUGCUGGGAAACACAGCAGCAUUUUCUUGCAGGUGACACUUGUAUGCUUAAUAUAUUCUUUCAUUUGGGGUGUGCUUGACAAGCAUUUGUAUUGAUGGCCGCUCCUGGCAUUCCAAGGAGACAAGAUGCUGGCUCCUGGGAAUUCAAUAGAUCAGUAACUCAGCUGGUCCGUUGAGUCCAGACUUCCCUAAUUUGUUGCCACAACUACUGAGUUAUUGUGAAUAGUGUAAGACUCUCCCUCUAUAUGCUUAGUUGUGUAUAUUGUUACAAGAUGCAUGGGAUGAGACUUCUAAAUCCUAGAAUACACCCAGACUAAAACACCUUAAUGUUAAAAUAUUGAAACUUUUUUGCUUAUGGAAAUAACAGCAGAACAAAUAGUCAAUUCAUGAAGAAGAUCAGUGUUCUACUCAAACCUGGCAUUUUGCUCUCCCCUUGUUUAUACCUAUCUGAACACUCUUAUCAAUGCCUCUAUUCUCUCUCAUCUCAUUCCCUCCCCCCAUACACUCUUUCAGCGCUUCUAACUCUCUCCUCAACAUGUCAUUUUAAAAAUCUGUCAGUCGGAAUCCACCCAAAUGUUUCGUCACAUGCCCCUGCUGUUAAUCAUUCUCCCUCUUCUGCUACACCCCCCUUCCAAACAAUUGUCUGAAUUUGAUGUUCCAUGACAACAGAAAAGAAUAUAAAUCAUAGUUUAAACAGUACUACUGAAUUCCACAGGUCUGUAUUCCAUUUGCAGAACUCAUUUGUAACAACCCCUUCCCUGGAUCAAAUGGAAACUUCACAGUUAAUAGAGCCAAUACGUACAAUGCCCAUUGAACUGUCACAGGUGUCAUGUUGAUAGUUUCUUUUAAGGAAUCUGAUUUGAAGAACCACAACUGGUAAUUCAGAGUCUCAGCCUCCUUCAGUAUAUCUGUUUCUUCAGAAACAAGAAUGAGGCCCACCUUUAAUCUAGGCAUACAUUUCUAAGAAGGAUGUUUCUUGUAGGAGUCACAGAAUAAUUAUUCAAAAUUCCAGCAAGGUUAGCAGUUCCUUGCCCUCCUGCAGUGACAAUUGCAUAUUCACCUGUAUCCCCAAGUUUAUUGUAUGAAUACAAUUGCCCGUUUGCAUCCACAGUUGAAUUUAUUUUCUGAUCCCUGCAUCUUGGCAGAUUCUAGACAUUAAAGCAAGAUAGAGAUCUUGUUCCCAACUUACCAAGGUUUCACAUUUCUUUUUCCUUUUGGUUGAGGUGAAGUCCCCAAAGUUUUAUGUUGUCUUUACAGCUGUUUCUCCAGGGUUUAAGACCCUCUGUUAUUUUAGAUUUAGAGUAUUCAGUAGUCUUUUUCUGGUUCCCAACAGCCAAGUCACUUUUCCACAGACUCAAGUCCAGAUCAUAGUUCUCUCAAGUGGAGUGUAUUGGACAGUCAUUUGUAUUGGCAUGAUGACUCGUGAUGUUCCAAGGGCCCCCAAUACAAUUUCUGCAAGCUCUUGCAGGAAUGAAUAUGCAGCUACUGCCUCAACAGAACCAAUCUUAAUAUGGUCUGCUACAGAAUCACACCUUAAGUUUUACUUCCUCCCUAUGUCUAGUCUUGCUGUUAACUCAGCAGUGGUGGAAAGGGAAUUCCAUACUACAUUAGCACAAGCUUCAGCAAAUUCAGGGUACUUUAUUUUACUACUCCUUGGCAGAUGAAUUUUCACUUGGAACCCUCUCAAGAUCAACUUCUGCAACUGUUCACGCUCUUUUGGUUCCAAAUCACCAGUACUGCAAGCCACUUGCCCUGGUACACCAUAAGGAGCGCGAACAGAGUGCAGGUCUCAACUGAACUUUUCUGCCUCCUAGUUACAACUUGUACCCGGGCCACUUAACAUCAUGAGUUGGCUCUUGGAGAGUGCUGUCUCUAAGCUGAACUGCUGUGGCUCCUGAACCCUCUCAGCCAAGGCUACCUGGGUGGCUCUGUGUAUGCACUCUGCAAUCUCACAUUCUCUGAAUGUGAAAAUCUUCAAUUCAUUCUUCUUUCUAAGUCCCUGAGCUUCAAUCCAUGUUUCUUCUGGGCCUUCUCCUCCCUCUACUCCAAUUCUUGGCUCUCUGUUUCAUUUCCAGACAGGACACCUCAAGCUCAAGCACCAUUUUUUAAACCUCUAUGGAAUCAGGAUUCAUCCCAGCGUCUUUGUUACCUCCAUUUGAAUUUGGUGCUUUCUUAUAAGGCAUUAUCUAGCCUCUACUACCUCUCCAGACCAAAAUAACACUUGACUGCACGGCUCUGGGUCUUCUCUUAAAGUUCCGGGUCCCCAAAAUUCUGGGGUAUUCAGGACUUCACCAGUUUUAUCCCAUGAUUUCCAAAUUCUAUGAAUUUGGAUGCUACCACUUUGUUUCCAAGUUGGGACAUCUUGGGGUCCUAUAGAAGGCCCCUGGGCAUCAUUAGGCUUGUUUUGUCAGCUGAUUCACUCAGUCUAGACUUUCCGAUUCUCAGAACAACCUGCUACCUGCAUGGAUCAGCCAAAGAUGUGGCAUGACACUUUGAUCCUAGAAUCAUCAAAGCCAGAACACUUAAGAACAUUAGCUGUAUUUAUAGAAAAUAGUACGUCAAAUGAUAAAGAAGAACAAAUUGUUUUACUAUACUAACCUGGCAUACCUGACUUCUCUCUUUACAGCUGUCAUAACUCUUACCUAUGCCUUUAUUCUCUCUCCCCUCAACUGUUCUUGUUCUGAUUCCAGUUUUCCAUCAUACACCCUUGCUGUCAGUCAUUAUUCUACUGACUUUUCUGUUCCACAGUGGAUCUUAGGCAGUUUCACAUUAUUUGCUGAAGCACAGUUGCAGAAGUCCUUAGUAGGGUGGGUGGGGGUCUUCCUCAUCCCUUUCCUUUCCCCCAUGACAUCCGAAAAUCACUACAAGGCUCCUGCUUCAUGCUGUUUAGAGGUCCCAACAGGAAUGGCCCUUUUUGGGGCCUGGGGAUGCACUGCAGCAUUUGACCGCAGGUCCCACUUGUACAUCUAAAGCUAUUUAAGUUGGGGUCCGUCCAUCAUUUGUAUUGGCACAGCAACAAUAGUACCACGUAGGGAGCAAUGUUUUGCUUCAUACAUUGGUGCUUGUUUUAUUUGCUGAUUUUCAAAGAAAGGCUUGGAUCUAUUUCUACCAGUUACCUCCACAUGUUACAUAACACAUCAUUCUAGAAGAUCCCCACCCCACCCCCAACCCUCAAGAGCAGCGGCUGUAGCUGGAAGUAUGAGUGUGCACUGUUAUUUAGUCUGAGUGAGCCACCGUUGUUCAGUAUUGGGAGUGCAAAGGCUACCACUGAGCCAGCUAAACAUUUAUUUACUUUUUUGACCAGGAGUGCCUUUAGCAGGAGGAGGCACAGGUUAUCUUCUGGGAAGCAGCUUAUUACUGUGGGGUUCAAGUUUUCUUCCACCCUUUUCUUUAAACUAUUUUCUCUCUCUCAGCGUUGUAUGUUCAGUGUAGAGAAGCAGAAUAGCACCCAGCUGCCAAAUUCUGAAGCUCAACUCCUCCUCGUUCAUCGCAUCCCUGAUCUCGGUUCUAAAAGAUGGAAAUCAUAGUAUUCUAUUAAAUAUCUAGUAUUCUUAAUUACAAAAGCAUGUUUGCAUCUAAAGGCACAAGAGAUCCCUUUAGGUAUUGGUGUACACUCUUGUGGAUUGGCAUAAAAUAAUGGCUAGCUGAGUUGGCCACGUCCGCAUCAAAGGCUUAAAGCAUGGCUUUCUCCAAAGAACUGGGGGACUGUAUUUUGUUACAGGUGCUGGGAGUUGUAGCUAAGGGGGUGGGGCUAACAGCAGAUCCCAGGAUUCUUUGGGGGAAGCCGUAACUAUUAAAGUGCUGCAAAUGUAGUUCCAGCGUAUAGCGUGGAUAUGAACAUUGCUGAACUGAACGUCAGUUUUGAUCUGCAUUGCUUUUGUAUUCUUUUGUGUUAUACAAAAUGUGCUUGUCUUGUUCAGCUUGUGAAAAAACAUUCGUCAAAUCGUUGCCUAAUCAGAUUAUUUUAAUCACUUUUCGUUGAAUUCACUUAACCAUUUUUAAAGCAUCUUUUAAAGCAGUGUUCAAAUUACUUUAUUGUCAGAGUGAUGAGAUGGUUUCUGUACAUAUUACACUUCUAACUUCUUUGUGUUUCCAUUUAACUAUAAUAAUAAAGGUUAGGAUUGUGAGACAUCUAUCUGUGGAGAAAGUAUAAGCUGGUCCCAUCCUUGAUCUCGAUGUAUAUUGUAAAAUGAUACCAUACUCGGAUUGUAAAGCUUUUUUUGUUGUGUUUCGUGUAUUAAUAAUGUAUAUCGUGUACAACAAACUGUACAAAUCUUACUAGAAACACAUCUGAAAAGAUAAACUUAACUGCUGAGCAGUGCAUUGAGUUUUUAAGUGACAGGCUGAGGGUUUUUUCACAGCAAACGGUGGCUGACUGGUUUGUUCAUGUGAUAAAUAUAAAUCACUGUUUUUAAAUAUCAUCUUUGAAGUGCCUUUCUCCAUUUUUUAGCAAUUUAUUUAAAUGAAGUGCACAAAUAAAAAUAACUUAUCUCAAUUAAAAAAGAACUCCCUCGUGGCUUUCAAUGGUAUAUGUUGUGAAUUCCAUUAUAGUGUUCUGAGCAAUGGAUCAAGAGAUACAAAGUGUUUGAGUUGUAUCUGAGUUUUACUUAAGUAGACUCCUAUUUAAAUGGACCCAUACUAGUCAUGAGCAUAACUAACACUAGGUACAAUCCCCUUAUAUGGAUGGAUACUGUGUUUAUGAUGCUUCUUCCUGGAAAGAUGGAUCAUAUAAAGAGUAUCAAAGAUCUGUCAUUUCUUUGGCUCAUCUAGCUCAAUUUUAUUCUGAUGCAGCAGCUGACAUGUUUACUUUACUAUUGUCACCUGAUAUAUUUGUUUUAAACUCUUUUUAACAUUGUAUUUUAAAAUUGCUGUAGCCCACCCUGGAUGUGGUGGUGAAGGGUGGAUAAGAAAUUAAACUAAGCUUUAUAAGGUCCCACUUAUUCUGCCAGCUCUGCUACCUCAAAUCAAGAGAGCCCCUUUAUCCUGUGUUUUCAGCUACUCUCUUCAUUGGAGCUUCAGAACAAUCUCUCUGUGCGCCAAUAGGUUAACCGUGUGCCUGAAUUAAAGUUUACUUAUGUUG